AUGUACACGCAGGGGCUGCCAGGGCUGGUGGUGCUGCUGCUGGUCACAUUGCUGCCUGCCGGUCACCUCGCACCGCCGGCUGGCCCCACGUCCCUGUGGAGCAGCUUGGGUAGUCCUUCCUGCCGGCUGUCCCGGGCUGAGUCGGAGCUCAGGUGCCGCAUCCCGGGGGGGAAGCUGUGCAGUGACAGAGGCAGGUGCGAGUGUGGAGUCUGCGUUUGCCAAGUGACCGAGUCGGGCAAAUACUACGGUCCUCUCUGCGAGUGCCAAGACUGGGUGUGUGAGGUCUACGACGGGAAGAUCUGUGCAGGCCAUGGAAAUUGUGACUGUGGGAAGUGCAAAUGUGAUGAAGGCUGGUAUGGUGAAGCUUGUCAGUAUCCAACUACUUGCAAUCUUACACGGAAGAAAAGCAAUGAAAUGUGCAAGAAUUCUCAAGAUGUCAUCUGUUCUGGUGCAGGCACAUGUCAGUGUGGCAGGUGUAAAUGUGCCAACUCAGAAGGAAAUGGACUGGUCUAUGGUAAAUUUUGUGAAUGUGAUGACAGAGAAUGCAUAGAUGAAGAGACAGAAGAGAUUUGUACGGGCCAUGGAAAGUGUUACUGUGGAAACUGUUACUGUGAGGCCGGUUGGCAUGGAGAUAAAUGUGAAUUCCAGUGUGACAUCACCCCCUGGGAGAUCAAGAAGAGAUGCACAUCUCCAGAUGGCAAAAUCUGCAGCAACAGAGGCACAUGUGUCUGUGGAGAAUGCACAUGCCAUGAUGUGGACCCAACUGGUGACUGGGGAGAUAUUCAUGGAGAUACUUGUGAGUGUGAUGAAAGGAACUGCAAAGCAGUGUAUGAUAGAUAUUCUGAUGAUUUCUGUUCAGGUCAUGGACAGUGUAAUUGCGGAAGGUGCGACUGCAAAGAAGGAUGGACUGGGAAGAAGUGUGAACAUCCACGUUCUUGUCCAUUGUCAGUUGAGGAAAGUGCUAAGAAAUGCCAAGGAAACUCUAAUUUACCUUGCUCUGGAAGAGGGAGAUGUGAAUGUGGCCAAUGCACUUGCUUCCCUCCGGGAGACAACAGAGUUCAUGGCAAAAACUGUGAAUGUGAUGACAGACAGUGUGAAAAUGCAGAUGGUGAUGUCUGUGGGGGCCAUGGUAUCUGCUCAUGUGGCUGGUGCAUUUGCCAGGACGGGUGGUUUGGAAAGCUGUGCCAGCAUUCAAGGAGGUGCAACAUGACCGAGGAGGAGAGCAGAAGUCUCUGCGAGUCAGCGGAUGGCAUAUUAUGCUCGGGGAAGGGUUCCUGCCACUGUGGAAAGUGCAUCUGUUCGCCACAGGAAUGGUACAUUUCGGGUGAUUUCUGUGAAUGUGAUGACAGAGACUGUGACAAACACGACGGUCUCAUUUGCACAGGCAAUGGUGUUUGUAGCUGUGGAAACUGUGAGUGCUGGGAAGGAUGGACUGGAAAUGCUUGUGAAAUCUGGCUCGGGAGAGAAUACCCUUAG